AUGGAUCAGCCAACGAACGCGCAGACACCGCAUCAACACGAACCCAUCAGCUUCGGGAUUGAUCAGAUUUUAAACAGUUCUGAUCAGGAGACCCCUUCCCAGCCCGCCCCCCGAGGAUCCGACGGCGGCGGCACCAAUUACCUGGGCAGCCCCGUAAGCAGCAGAAGCAGCGCCCCGUACCCUUCCCUCCCGGGCGCCUUCGCUGGCAUCGGGGCUCCCUUCGAAGACUCUGGAUCUUACAGUGUGAAUCUCAGCUUGGCUCCAUCUGGCGUGAUCCGGGUGCCAGCGCACAGACCCAUCCCUGGGGCAGUGCCACCUCCAAUUUCUAGUGCCAUUCCAGCCAUGCCAGCUGUACCCGGCCUUGGCAGCCUCAACUUCCCUUGGAUGGAGAGCAGCAGGCGGUUCGUCAAAGACAGAUUCACAGCGGCGGCGGCGCUGACGCCCUUCACGGUGACGCGGAGGAUCGGGCACCCCUACCAGAACCGCACUCCGCCCAAGCGCAAGAAGCCGCGCACCUCCUUCUCGCGGGUGCAGAUCUGCGAGCUGGAGAAGCGUUUCCACCGGCAAAAGUACCUGGCCUCGGCCGAGAGGGCGGCGCUCGCCAAGUCGCUCAAGAUGACCGACGCCCAAGUCAAGACCUGGUUUCAGAACCGCAGGACCAAGUGGCGGAGGCAGACGGCGGAGGAGCGGGAAGCCGAGCGGCAACAGGCGAGCCGGCUGAUGCUGCAACUCCAGCACGACGCCUUCCAGAAGUCGCUGAACGAAUCGAUCCAGCCCGACCCGCUUUGCCUGCACAACUCCUCGCUCUUCGCGCUCCAGAACCUCCAGCCUUGGGAAGAGGAAGCCGCCAAGAUCCCCCCCGUCACUUCUUUGGUGUAA